AAACUUCUCUGAGCUCUCAGCCUGACUGAUUACUUACUGAACCUCCAAAGAAGCGGCAAAGAAAAGUCUUUGGUUAAGGAUGGCAAGCACAGUGGAUGCAGCGGCAGGAGAACCAAUCCCAACUUCAUCUGUUCUGAUGGCAGCGGCAAAGCAUAUAGGGACCAAGUGCCGUGGUGAGAAUGUGGCUUUUUUGAAGUGCAAGAAGGAUGAUCCGAAUCCUGAGAAAUGUCUUGACAAAGGACGCCAAGUUACACAAUGCGUGCUUCACCUGCUGAAGGAUCUUCACCAGAGCUGCAACAAAGAAUUGGAUUCUUAUGCUGGGUGCAUGUAUUACCACACCAAUGAGUUUGAAUUCUGUCGUAAAGAGCAAAAGGAGUUCGAGAAAGCAUGCCCGUUUUGAUGACCAGCAAAGACCCUUCCUCAAUAUUAUCAAAAUAAUAACAAACUCCCAUCGUCCAACAACUGCUAUUCUGUUGAAUUUUACUUUUGACUGAUCCGUUUAUGGGUUCAUGAGAGAUUGUUUGCAGGAAACUCUGUUCGGUGUCUACAAACGCUCGCAACUUUGUUUGAGUAUAGCAGAAAUGGUUUCCAAUAAUUUUGUCAAGAAAUGCUGCCUUUUUCUUUUUUUAACUUGUUUCUGGAAUUCUCAUGAAAUUCUUGUGCGCAUUCAGUCUUGAAACAGCAGACGUGCUGGGGAAGGGAUUUGCUUGUGAGAUUUUUCUCCUUCA